UCUCUCUUCUCUCUUCUCUCUCUUUCUCUCCCUUUCUCUCCCUUCCUCUCUCUCUCUCUCUCUCUUUCUUUCUCUCUCUUUCUGUCUGGAUCCUUUGAUCAUCGUUCGCGAUGUGGAGAGUCUUGCUUCGAAUAAUACACGAUAGAUUAUCAAUAUCAUACAUGAUUUUCGAAAUCGAGUACGUUUUAUUUAUCUUAUUAUUUCUUACUUUUCCACUUUAUUAUUCGUUUAUUUUUCACCGUGUCACAAACAAGUAUUUGAAGUUCUUUCGGAGAAGAAGGAUGAAACGAAAGGAAAUAUACACGAAGAAAAUUCACAAGAUACCGUUUGAGAAUUGAGAAGUUAAAGAAGGGUGUUACGUGAUUAGGAUUCGAUUACAAGACGUUUGGAUGAAUGAUGCAAAGAUUGAUAUAUAAAGCAAGGGGAUCCGGAAAAAAAGUAUUUAAAGGAAAUCAGCUGGCAAAGUGACGGGGGCGGCCAUCGUUCACGCGAUCAUGGAAUUAGAAUCGAGGAUUGACCACGGCGAUUACCUGAGCAGGCUCCAUUGCGAAUCCGAGUCCUUCAAAAUGGACUUAAUCCUGGACAUCAACAGCUGGCUGUAUCCUAUGGAACUUGGUGAUAAAUUUCGUCUGGUACUGGCUACAACUUUGAGAGAGGACGGUUAUCCUGAUGGAGGGGAGUGGAACGCGACAGAACAGGAAGGCGGUUCCAGAGCAGACAGUUUUGAAUAUGUGAUGUCCGGUAUGGUUUAUCGAAUUGAAGGUGAUGAAGCAAGCAAUGAACCCAGCAGUAGACUAUCUGCCUACGUAUCCUUUGGAGGAUUGCUGAUGAGGUUACAGGGUGAUGCAAACAACCUACACGGUUUCGAGAUAGACCAACAUAUGUACUUACUCAUGAAAAAGUUAGCGUUCUAACUAUGUUACAUUUGUUAUAAUUAUGUUACAACAAUUAUAACUUAGAAAAUAUGUAUUUUAAAUAUAUUCUUUUUUCAUGAGGAAUUAUUUUAAUAUAUGAAUAUAAGAUAAAGAUAAUUAAACUGAUCGAAAAAAUAUUAAUGAUUGAUAUGCGUGCAUAAAAAUGUAUUGUAUGUGUAUUUGAUUUAGAACAGUAUAUUUAUGUAAGAAGAAUGUUUGCUAAUUGGUUAAUCAUUUUACAUUUUUUAGUUCAUGAAUAUUUUAUUAAAUAUUAUCACUGCCAUUGGGAUUCUUAGAUAUAUAAAUAAACUAUUUUUUUAAUUAAUAAAAAUUAAUUAUACUAUAUAAUAAAAAUAUUUUUU